AUGGAUGGAAGUUAUUCUGCUGGAGGACUGGAUCUUAAUGAACCAGCAAAUGAAGAGCAAAUAGAAGAAGAAGAUAUGUCAGGCAGCAAGUCAAACAACCCAGAUGUAACAAAAAGUUCUGAACAUAUCAAGCUUGCAAGUGGGAGCAAUACAGGUGCAUCCGCUGACACAGAUACUCAAACAGGUCAAACACUGUCAACUGAUGAUUCAGGAGAAGAAGAUGAUGAUGAUGAGGUGCAGUCAACACCAUGCAGCCAAGGUGAUGUCCAAACACCUUUCCAAGGAAUGAUGUUUGAUUCAUGGGAGCAAGCGAAGAUGCACUACAACAAAUAUGCUAAAAUGGUUGGGUUUUCAAUCAAGUGCAGCACAUCAAAGAACUCUACUCUGGAUGGACAGAAGGACAAGCAAUUGUUUGUUUGUAGUAAAAGUGGGAAAAAUGCAGACAUAAAUGAACUUGAAGCACCACCUGUUAGGCAAAGGAACCGUAGCAUCACUAAGAAAACGGAAUGCAAAGCUAGACUACGAAUAAAGAGGAGAGGGAAGAAGUGGCAUGUAACAUAUUUCAUAGAGGAGCACAAUCACAAGUUGAUUAAGAAGUUCUCCUUGAAGAAGUACUUGAGGUCUCAUAAGGGCAUCCCUAAGGAAGAGAAAGAUUUUGUCAAGCUUUUGCACAAGGUCAAUUUAUCUGCUGGUAGGGUCAUGCGUAUUAUGGGAGAAGUGUAUGGUGGUCUUGCAAAUGUACCAUAUGAUAGCAAGGAUGUGAGCAAUUACAUGGCUAAAAUCGAUGAAGAACACGCCCACAAAGACAUGUCAAUGCUGCUUGCUCACUUUGCCAGAAUGAAGAAGGAAGAUCCCAACUUCUACUUCAACUUACAUACAGAUCAUGCAGACAAGGUUGACCGCAUCUUCUGGGUAGAUGGACCAGCAAUUGCCGCAUACAAGAACUACGAUGAUCGUCUAUCAUUUGACACCACAUACAUCACAAACAUGUACAAUAUGCCGUUUGCCCCAUUCAUUGGGAUAAAUAGGUACUGUCAAACAAUUCAGCUAGGUUGUGGUUUCCUAAAGAACGAGAAUAUUGAGAGUUUUGAGUGGUUGUUCAAGGAGUUUCUUGAAGCUAUGGGUGGUGUCCAGCCAGAUAACUUCAUAACUGACCAAGAUGCGGCAAUGAGAUGUGCAAUUCUCUCAUCAUUACCACUUUGUUGUCACAGAAACUGUAGGUGGCACAUUAUGCAAAAUGCACAGGCUGUGUUGGGCAACUUCUUGUCAAAACAUGAGCAGCUAAGGCAGGAGUUGAAUGCAAUUAUUGACUACAGCAUGUCUAUUGAAGAGUUUGAAAGUAGAUGGGCAGAAAUGAUUUUCAAGCAUGAUGUGGCGGACAACACAAAUCUUAGUGAUUUAUAUAAAAUUAGAGCCACUUUUGUCCCUGCCUACUUCAAGGAUCGUUUCUUUCCAUUCCUACAAACUACUGCCCGUAGCGAGGGGUUCAAUGCAGUAUUGAAAAGUUACGUCGACCCACACAACAACCUGCACCAUUUCUUCGAGCAGUACUUGAAGUUACAGGAAAAAAUAGAUGUAGCAGAGGAUUCAGUUGAGUUUAAAGAUGAGGAUAAGACUGUUAGAGUAUGGGGAGAUUACCCGCUGGAAGAGCAAGCUUUGACAGUGUAUACGCUGCCAAUAUACCUCCGUUUCAGGGCUGAGCUUCGGAAAGUGACGUCAUACAAUGUGCAGCAAACUGGUGGCCAAACUUAUGUGGUUAUGCCAAUUAAAACCUAUGUUUAUGGCUAUGGCGAUAAAAGCUACAAGGUUGAAGCUAACUUGGAUGCCGAAACUUACAUCUGCGAGUGUUGCAAAUUCAAUAGGGAUGGGUUGUUGUGCUGCCAUAUAUUUAGAGUAAUGGUGCAGUUAGGUACUACUGACUAUAUUCCAGAACGGUACAUUCUCCCCAGGUGGAGGAAACCGGAGGAAACAAUUGUGCAGCAGAAAAUGGAGUUACCUCAGGUGCAAACAGAUAGGAAGAUGAGUAACAAGGAAAGGCAGCAGCUACGUUAUGGCACUCUUUGCAAUGAAUACUCUAGAGUAGCAAAAAUUGCAUCUACAUCUGACAAAGGAAAGGCUUUGGCAGAUAAAUACAUGCUAGCUUUGGAGAAAGAAUUGCAAGAGAUGAAAGCUACAGAAUCUGCAAAACGGAAGAAUAGGAAAAAAUCAACUACACCUAAUGUUGAGGAACAAGAAGGAGAAAAUAUAGGUGAUUCUGGGCAAGGAAGUUCUUCAAAGUUCGAUCAUGUUGAGGAUCCGGUGUACAUUGCAAAGCAAGGGCGCCCAACAGAAAAAAGAAAACAAUCUGGGCUCCAUUUGAACCCUACAAAGGUUGUCAAGUGCAGUGUGUGUGGCUCUAUUCGACAUACGGCAGCAACAUGCAAAGAUAAGCUCACCCCUGACAAGGAGGCAAAGGAAAUCAACUUCUUCCGUGACAUGGUUUAG